AUGUCAAUGUCAGUCAGCAGUCGCCGAGAUCGGUCAUCUCAUUCUCAUUCUUAUUUCAUUUUAGAUGUAAAUUCCGAGAAAGAAACAAGUGCAAAAGAAAUGUUUUUAUUAAUAUAAAACCAUUACUGCCUAUUUAUAUGUUUGAGAGACUGCAAAAUUAAAUAACCGUUGUAUUUAUAUUGAAUUACGAACAUGAAUGUACCAGACAACGCUCCGCAGCAUUGUCCUGGAACGCAGAGCGACGAUGCUGGUAAAGCUUCAGCAUGUGCGGGAUGUCCAAAUCAAAACAUUUGUGCUUCAGGGGCACCAUCACUCCCUGAUCCAGCCAUAGACAUAAUCAAGAAUCGAUUAGCCACAGUGAAGCACAAGAUUCUAAUUCUAUCAGGGAAGGGAGGAGUUGGAAAAAGUACUGUUACGUCUCUUCUAGGACACGCACUGGCUGCUAAGAACAAUGAUAUCAAUGUGGGUAUCCUGGACGCCGACAUCUGCGGCCCCAGUCAGCCGCGCGUGCUGGGCGUGAGGGGCGAGCAGGUACACAACUCCGGCUCGGGGUGGUCGCCCGUGUAUGUAAAGGACAACCUGUCGCUGAUGUCCAUUGGUUUCCUGUUGAGCAGUCCUGAUGACGCCGUCAUAUGGAGAGGGCCGAAGAAGAACGGUAUGAUCAAACAGUUUCUGAGCGAGGUAGACUGGGGAGAAUUGGACUACUUGCUCAUCGAUACGCCGCCAGGCACGUCCGACGAGCACCUGUCGUCAGUGCAGUACCUGUCGGCGACGGCGCUGGCGGGCGCGGUGCUGGUGAGCACGGCGCCGGAGCUGGCGCUGCUGGACGUGCGCAAGGAGCUGGCGCUGUGCGCGGCGCUCGGCGUGCGCGUGCUCGGCGUCGUCGAGAACAUGGCGCUGUUCGUGUGCCCCAACUGCGGCACCCGCAGCGAAAUCUUCCCGGCGACGACCGGCGGCGUCGGACAGAUGUGCGCGGAGCUGGGCGUGCGGCUGCUGGGCAGCCUGCCGCUGGAGCCGGCGCUGGCGCGCUGCUGCGACCGCGGGCUCGACUGUCUGGCGGAGCUGCCGCGCUCGCCCGCCGUGCUGGCGCUCAGGGACAUUGCUGACAAAAUAGUGGCCGCCGUCGAAAGUCCUUCGAAUUGAGAUACUGUCCAAUUCCCUCUGCGCGCCUAGUCAAGAAAUCGCCUUAAUUGAAACUGUAUAUAUAUAUAAGCUAACAUUAUAAACAACAACAUUAAUUUGUUUGAUGAGUUUUGAUGAUUAUUUUAAUAUUUUUAUGAUUAUUGAAUUUUAUGCACGACAUAGAUGUAUAGAAAAAAAUCGUGUUUACCUAAUGUUAUAUCGCUAUAAAAUAGAAAAUAAAAAAAAAAUCAUCAGAUGAAAAAAAUUCAAGACUUGAGCGAGAAUCGAACCCACGAAUCUGUCUAAACGGGAUAUUAAACGUGAUUGAUUGUUGUGUGAUGGUUAAUUAAAUAAAAAAUAUAUAUGCAGUUUAA